UGUCAAAAAACAACAACAAUCCAUUCGCAGAUGCUGUUUUUGUGUGGUCAUCGGUGCAAAAUUUAAUUUUAAUUAUUAAUUUAUCGCUAGUUUUCUUACAAAUCAUCAAUCCAUUCCGUCGAACAAUGAUAUCAAUGUAAAAGCAACGUUGCCGAACAAUGGGAUUCCUCGAGGAUACGUUAAUAAUUCUGAUUUCGCAGGUGUGCUUCUUCAUCGGAGGAUGGAUAUUCUUCGUGAAGCAACUGUUCCGGAACUACGAGAUCCGGCAUGUGUUCGUGCAGCUGGUGUUCUCCUCCACGUUUGCCCUCUCGCUGACGAUGUUCGAGCUGAUCAUAUUCGAAAUCAUCGGCUUUCUAGACUCCAGUUCGCGGUACUUCCACUGGCGGUUGGGCUUGACGCUGCUGCUUUUUAUGGUGAUUGCGUUGAUUCCGUACGUGAUAGUGUACUCUUCUAUUAGUAACAUUCGGAUAGUGCCUCAAAGAUGGGUCCAACCGUUAAGUACGGUGCUCUGGUUCUGCUAUCUGUAUGUUUUCUGGAGGAUCGGAGAUCCAUUCCCGCUGUUAAGUGUCAGCAAAGGGAUCUUUACGAUCGAGCAAGCCGUGUCCCGGAUAGGAGUGGUGGGUGUAACGGUGAUGGCCGUGCUGUCCGGGUUUGGUGCCGUAAAUUAUCCGUACACGAGCAUGUCGUAUUUCAUUAGGCCAGUAUCGCAGAGUGAUGUAGCCAAUAUCGAGCGAAGAUUGAUGCAAACAAUGGACAUGAUCCUGGUGAAGAAGAAGCGCAUUGCUCUGGACAGAAGGAGAACGAAGCCGAAUGCAAAACCCGGUAUUUGGGGCAUGAUUAGCAGCGUUACGCAAAGACCACCGGGAGCCGAGAAUAUCGGACAGCUGAGGUUGGAAAUAUCAGCCCUGGAGGAACUCUCCAGGCAACUGUUUCUGGAAGCACAUUCUAUGAAGAAUAUGCAGGAAAGAGAACGGUGGGCUGGUACCUUGCAGGGGAAAUACUUCAACGUGCUGGGUCAUUUUUUCAGCUUAUAUUGCUUGUGGAAGAUCUUCAUCUGCACAAUCAAUAUCAUCUUCGACCGAGUGGGUAAGAAAGAUCCCGUUACAAGGGGCAUCGAAAUCGCCGUCCACUGGUGCGGUUUCGACAUGGACAUAGCCUUCUGGAGUCAACACGUGUCUUUCAUGCUUGUCGGAUGCAUUGUGGUGACAUCGAUUCGGGGUCUACUGUUGACCCUGACUAAGUUCUUUUACAAAAUAUCCUCGAGCAAGUCAUCCAACAUAAUCGUGUUGGUAUUAGCCCAACUGAUGGGUAUGUACUUCUGCUCCUCGGUUCUGCUAAUGCGAAUGAACAUGCCUGCCGAGUACCGAGUCAUCAUAACCGAGGUGCUCGGAGGUUUGCAUUUUAACUUCUACCACCGCUGGUUCGACGUAAUCUUUCUGGUAAGUGCCCUGACGACCAUAGUGAUUCUCUAUCUACUUCACAAACCGCCAAACGUCGACACGAGUAUGUAACUUCUACCAAUCGAGUCAAACCUAGGGAUCUAGACAAAAGAGUACUGCUGUUGUAAAUCUUCUUUUUAGUUGUAAGUUUAUCGAAGUAGAUCACCGCUAUAAAGAAUAUAAUCAACUCAUAAGCAAUGAAACGUUAGCCUAUGGCAAACCUAUCUGAAUGACAAAUGAUUUCCACUAAGCUGCUAGGAGCUGUCCAAGCAUCGAUACAGGCUUGCUUGGCUAGUGAUCUCACGUUUCAAGAUCGUACUGCAAAUCGAACAAUGCCUCUAUGGCACUUCUAGGACGGUGUUUCAAUUACGCUGUAAUCAUUUCGUUUCGCAACUGGAUGUAAAUAUAUUUCUAGGAUAGACGACGACACGUGACCAAGAAACACUUAGCACGUUAUGAUGUAGGCGAAAUAUAACAACACAUAUACAACUAACAAUCUUUA